UCAUCUAUGGUGGUUAAUUUAGGUUAAGUUUGUUUUUAAUUUUUAUAAUACUAAAAUUAAAAUAAGAGUGUAAAGUUUUGUAUUUUUUUGCAGCGUUUCAGUGAAGCAAAAAAUGUAAUACUUAAAAAAUAAACAGUUUACUUAACUCAAAAUGGAAGUGAACCCUUUAUGCAUUAUUUUAAUAAAAUCAGACAGCAAAGGAGACAGGUUACUCUUUCGUUAUCCUUUUCAAGUUCAAGAAAGAAUAGAACCGACCAGUACCAGAAAGAAAAAUCAAUAUUCUUUACCUGCUACAGAAGAUUUACUUCAGUCACCACCAUUACCAAUUUCAAAUAUAAAUAACAAAGGUGGUCUUAUGGGUUUUACUGAUGAAGUGUUAUCCUCCCUUUUUGCUGUUAAGCCUGAACUAUGUAAUCAGAAAUUUGAAUUGAAAGUAAACGACGUUAGAUUCGUUAGUCAUCCAACUUUAGUUCAAGUGAGAAAUAAGACUCAAGAUGAAUCAGGACUUCUUCUCAACAUUGUAUUUGCUUUACAAGCCCUAGCUAGUCAAUCUGUUGUAAAGUGCUAUUAUGAUUUAAGUAAAAGAGUAGGUGUUGCUCUAAGACAUGAAGAAAGAAGAUGUGGAUAUAUAUCAGAACAGACACAACAAAUGAUGGCUAUUCAUGAUGACAGUUGUAUUGGGACACCUGAGAUUGCAUUUCAAACUAUUUUAGAAAAAUGCACGCUUGCAAAAAAUAUAAACAACUUGUAUGAAGAUCUUUGUAAUACAGGUAUAGUAAAUAUAAGAAUUAAUAAAUGGAUUCCAUUAAGUUUUUGUUUACCUCAAAAAGUCCACCAAUGGCACUUAAGGGGAAAAAUUGUAGAACCUGAAGACAUUGAUAGAUGUACACUGAGUUACAGAUGUCUUAAAGCUCUGCGUCCCUACCACAGCUUACUGCUUUUUUAUCCUUUACAUCAACUUUAUGAUUUUAUGUCUUUAGAUGGGUCUCCAUCUCUUGUUAGAAUGUUGUCUCAGUAUUCCCCACUAAAAAGUCUUCAGACUCUGGCCAUUGAUUCUGAUAUUACUUUAUCACAGGUAUUUGAAUUAACUGCACAUCUUGUUUACUGGGCAAAAGCUACAGUUAUUUAUCCAAUUUGUUCAACAAAUAAAUACGUUAUUGCUCCAGAUGCACCUCUUCAUUUAAAUUCUCCAUUAAUUGAAAAAUUUAAUGAGGCUUUUCCAAAUGUGAAUCUGAUUAGAGUUAUUAGUGAUUUUUCAUUGCCCAUGUCAUUGGGUCAAAAAUGUAAUCCUCUCUGUCACCCCAUACAGCAGUCACAAUUAGUUCAAAUGAUAAUUUGGAUGUUACAACACCAUUUGUUGUUACAAUUACAUACUUAUGUAAUGUAUAUACCUUCAAAUAAUGGCAGAUUACAGCACAACAUGUCAGAAAUUAAAACAGGGUCUUACAGUUUUAGAAGUAACGGUACCAAUGAAAUAGCAGGCGUUUAUCGUUCUUCUAGAACUGAAUCUGAAAGUGAAAUGUCUUUAAAUUCUGGUACACCAGAACCUCGUACACAAUCCGAAUUGCAAACAAGCAUAAAUUUACCAAAUAGCAGUUUUACGUCAGUGGAAGAAGAAAAAGCCGACUACCACGAAGACUUACUGCUUGACUUUCCAGAAGAGGAACGUAAUAUAAUUUUUAGGAUACCGUCUUCAUCUAAUUCCGAUGAUUUAAAUCUUUUCGCAAAGUUGUGUAGAAAACAAUAUUUUCUUGGAGAGCAUCACCUAGAGGAAAUAAUGUAUUUAGAAAAUCUAAGACGAGGUCAAUUAUUGGCAUUACUUGAUAAAUUUAGAGACGUCCUUGUCACGUACGAAGCAGAAGAUCCAGCUAUUGCAAUGUUUUUAAAUUCGCCUUAGUAAUCUAAUUAGUUCAUUAAAAUGCAAUCUGUUACUCUAAUAAGUUAUUAUAAUUACUGUUACUUAUAU